GGUUCAUUCCGCCAUCGGCGCCCGCGACGUACGGACGUAGAUAGACGCGAGUACGAUUCUUGUUUGGGCGGACAACGUGAAGAAACGGACGAUCUUUGUAUACCGCGUUAUAAAACAAAACACACGCAUCGAAUCGAACGCGUAAUUUGUCGGUUAUAAAUACGGGUGUUUUGAGCGUGAUACGUAUUCGUAGCGUGUGAAAUCAGUGCGACGGAUAUCAGUGAAAAUCCAGAGAGAGAGAAAAGCAUCGAUUGUCCUUUGUGUGAUCGUCGUUACUCGGCUUUUUGUUCCUCGGGACGCCACCGCGACGUGUCGUGCUUGGGGCUCGAACGAGUGAGAGUCUCACAAGCUUCGAGGUCCAAUUGCAAACAUCAUCGUGUUAUACCUGCGCGUCCCUCUCACAAAGUGCGGCUCAUCGAAGGUCUCGCUGUCUCAUAGAGGUUGAGAGACGUGGAAUGAUAUUUCGUCGAAUUGAAGGUGCAGCCAAGCUCGGUAGGCAACGACGUGACACGCGAACCAAAUAUUUGAUACGUUAGGUAAGAAGUAUGCUGCAUAUCGUCAAAGUUGAAAAAAAAAAAUCGAUUUAACGGGAUAUUCGCAUAGUGUAACAGUUUCGCGCGUUAUUUGUCCGAUUUUUUUAUAAAGUGCAAGAGUAAUCAGUUCGUUGAAUCCUUGAAAUUUGAGGUUGUGACACAGUUGUGCUUCGGUGACUAAAGAAAUCGAUAGAUCGUAAAUCGAUAGGUGAGACACGACCGAAGUAAUACAGUCGCUGGUGUUGAUUCUUUAUGCGACGUUUAUAUGUGUGUUCAUUUAUUCCAUAUACGAUAGAAAAAGUGCAAGCAAGAUAAAAGAUUAGAUGCAAUACGACACACGAGGAGCAAAUUCAUUUAGAGGCUGUUGGAGCUCUCGGGUAAGAAGACGGCGAGAAAGAGAGAAGGGCGCCUCGUAGUGGCUCCGAAGGAAAGGAAAACUCACCGUUCGCCGGCUUAUAGACAACGUCGGGCUCGCUUGCUUUCUUUCUUUUUCUCUCCCGUCUUUCCCCUCUUCUCCCUUUCACUCGGCUCGAGGCUUGCACGAAAUCGCGUGUCGCUCCCGUACCGCGUAGAAAUGUCGCCUCCUCCGGAUCACGACGUUCCGUGAUCGCAGCUGUGCGCACAGCCGACGUUCCUCUUCCUUCUUCGUGGCCUUCCUCUCCGCCUACGGCCCCGUUGGAAAUUCAAUUUCUGUGCAAACUUGUGAAAUCAAGAAGAAACGAAAAGUAGAAAGAACUGGACACAACUGGAAUAUAGAGAAGAGCAGGUCACAAAGUAACCUGGGAGAUAAAGUGACGCGAAGAAGAAGAAAAAAAAAUUCACAGUCGUUGAGUGUAUCGAACCGUAGAAAAAGAAAGAGCUUAUUGUCCUGGUUUGGAAGAAACGUGUUGGAAAAAGGAAGAAACAAAAUAGAAAGAGAAAAGACGGACGCGAGCAAGCGUGCGUCAUGCGUGUAUAUAUACGUCUCUCGUAGAGUAUAGGAUAAAGGGCACGCGUGGGAUAGAAAUAAAUACAUAAGAGAUCGGAGAAAAGUACACAUUGGAAAGGAUGCGUCCGAUUUGCUGGUGAUUGAACGUAGACCUCAUUUCUUGAUACUGUGGAUGAAAAGAGUGUUGCUGGAAAACCGACGGAGGAAGGAGAAGAAAAAAAAGAGGAAAGAAGGAGAAGGGGAGAAAGGAAAGAAAAGCGGCAAACGGCUGGGCGACAGAGGAGGCUACUUCCUGUGAGCGACAAUAAAGGAGUUGCAGCGACCGAAGGGAGUCCUUAAGAGGUUCCUGCGCCAUGUCGACGUCAUCCAAGGUGUGAUGGGGCCAUGUGGAGUCGGCUUUUACUAUGAGUUGAGGUCCUGUAAUUAAUCGGGACUGGCAUGGAGAAGGAGAACUCCGCAUCGGGCGGAGGUGGCGGGGGCGGUGGAGGUGGCGGAGGCGAAGCGGCGGCCGCGGCGACUCCAGGCGCCACCUCCGCCUCCGAGAAACUCCAGGCGGACCAGGCCAAUCCGUUGCUCGAUCCAACUGCGCUCUUCGGCGCGUAUUGGCCUCGGAGCGACAGUGCAGCUUCGUCGCUUUUCGGCGGUAUGCCGGGCGGAUAUGGAUUGGGGGCCCAUCAUUUACCAUCGGCUUACGCUAUCCUGGGCCGUGGAGGUUCUGCUCCCGGAUUCGGGGGUCACACACCGGCUUCCGCUCCACCGCCACCCCCGUACUCCCACAGCAGCCUUGGUACUCUGAGCGUGGCUGCCAGUCAGGCCGCGAGUUUAGGUAUCAAUCCAGCGAGUGCAGCAUGGUGGACGAUGGCCUCACACUUAGCGGCACAGGACUACCUCGCGAGGUUACAAGGAGCGGCAGGAUUGCCCGGAUUCCCCCCUGGCGCCGAGAGCCUCCUGCCACCGUAUCCUGCCUCGCUACUUAAUCCCCCGUCCUUGUCGUCCCACAAGUCCAGUAAGUCUAAGUCAAGCAAGAGUCACAAGACUCCCGCGAGCAGUAGCAGCUCGACGACGCCAAGCAUGACGAGCAGCAGUUUACCGGUCUCGACCCAAGCGCCGGUCACGUCCUCUCAUCACAGCACGUCGUCGGCGAGCACCACGCCGAAUUCCCAAACAAACGUUGUCAGUUCUGCGAAAGAGGGCAGCGAUCCUAGCAGUAUAUUAGGAGGUGUACGCCUGCCACCCGAUACAGAGAUUAUCAAAUACACGUCGAGCAUAGUCGGUCCAAAGGUUCCUGGCACAACGAACCGCGGUAGAAAGAAGACCAUAUCCUUGGACACGCCGAGCGUGAGCGUACAUCCGCCCCCCGUACCCGCUCUCACCGCUCAUCAAACGAACACGACCACCACGUCGCUGAUGAUGGAACCGAGAAAGUAUAAUCGCACGGGGAGCGAGUCGAACGAUUACAGGGAGUCGGUGGAUCGCGUGGAGGUGAUCAAAUUGCCUGCACAUUCGACGAACGGCUCCGUCCUACCGGCGCCAUCGUCCUACACAUCCUCGACCACCACAAACACGAGCAACUCGAACGAUUCGGACGCGCCGCUGAAUCUCUCGUUGAAACCGGCGACGACCAGCAGUAAUUCGCCGAUUUCCGGCAGCCAGCCGCUCAGCCAGCUCAGUAAUUUAAGUCAGUCGUUGCUCGCCUCCGAUCGAACUUCGAGAAGGAAGCCGGGACCGAAGCCUCGAAGGGUGCCGCAGAACUCGGUGCCCGUGCCGGCAUCGCCGAGCCCUUCGUUGGCGCAGCUGUUCGCCGCCGCCGAUUCGCCGCAACGGCCGAGCAGCGGGAGCGAGGAGAGCGAGAGCGCGAGCACGACCCACCACAAGGACGGCAGACCAAGGAACCUGGGCCGCGGUGUAUCGAAACCGAAGAAGAACACGGUCGCCUCGUUGCUCGCCCAGAGCAGAGCGCUGGGAAUCAAACCGACGCCCACGUUGGACCCCAGUGUGCCAUUGUCUCAUCAGGUCUCGUUACUGAGGUCCAAUAUUCUGGCUGCUCAAUUGCACGCUACAGCGACCGGUCAGACCGGUCAGGCAGAUGACAAGAAUCAGCGGUCUUUGCAGGAGAAGAUGAAGAACAAGUUGCUGGAGGUAUCCGGGGAGGAGAGCAACAUGGACGUGACGAGCGAAAGCGGCAGCAACACGGACGUUGUGACGGACACGGACGACGACAACACGGACGGCGUCUCGAGCGCGAAGAGGAGAAAGGUGAAGCCGAGCGAGAGGGAUCUCCAGGUGCCGUUGGAGCGCGGUUGGAAACGGGAGACCGUCAUCAAGGGAUUGGGGAAGUCGGGGGUGAUAAAGGGUGACGUGUCUUAUUACAGCCCUUGCGGGAAGACGUUCAGAAGCAGCCCGGAUUUGGCCAAGAAUUGGCUGUUUCAGUUUCUAGAGCAACAGAAUCCGCCCGAGUUGACGACCGCCAACUUCUCGUUCUCGUCUCGGCCGCUGGUAGGCGAGUUCCUUCAACCGACUAUGGGCCUCGCCGAGGCGGAAUUCGUCAGGUUGGGGGCUCAGGAAGUGGCGAGAAGAUUGGAGGAGUUGAGAGCCGCGGGUGGUUUCAGGGAUUCGAGGACGAAUAACCAAUACGAGAGGGAGAAGUUGGCGUACGCGAAAAAAUUGGCCAAGGAGGAGGCGCAGCGACAUAAGGAACAGGCUAGGUUGAUCAAGGAGCAGGAGAAAACGGAGAGACAGGAGGCGGUUAGACGGGAGCGGGAGAUUAGGAAUCAACAGUUGCUCGAGUUGGUUGCGAAGCUCGAAAAAGGCUCAGCCUAUCCUCUUCACAGUGAGACCACGCUAGAAAUCCAACCACCACCUACCACAACCAUCACCACCACUACCACUACCACGAUCAUUCACCCAAGUUGCUCAAAACAAUUGUUUACGAACGUCCUCCUCGAACGAAGGACGGGCCACCGUCGAAAAGAGCGACGGGUGUCACUCGCACGCGUACCACCACGUAAUCACGUACCUGCGAUUAACACGAUCGAUUAUUGGGCAUCCCUAAACCUACAAACGCAGGGUCGAAAGCGGCUAGCGUUCACGAUCAAGCAGAAAAUGAAGAUCAUCCAAGAGAUCGAACGCGGUAAGAGCAAGAGCGACGUGGCGCGCGAGCUGGGUCUGGCUAGCAGCACGGUGGCCACCAUCUGGAAGAAUCGGGAGAGCAUCGCGGAGAGCUGGAGGAACCGCGACAUGAUGCAGCAGCACUCGGAUGUCGAGGACCCGGUCGCGAAAAAAACCGGCCUCCCCUCCGCGUCGUCCAAUUUGGCGUCUGUCACGUCACUGGUAACGAAUAGCACGGUGUUGAACACCGUGAACGCAACCAACAACACCACCACCAGCACCACGUUGCCCACAGCCGUCGUGGUGCCGCCUCCGCAGGUGCAGGUGGUGCCGCCGCCACCACCACCACCACCACCACCGCCACCACCACCACCACCACCACCACCACCACCACCACCACCACCGCCACCACCACCACCACCACCACCACCACCACCACCACCACUACCACCACCACCACCACCACCACCACCACUACCACCACCACCGCCAUCACUGCCUCUCCCAUUGCCGACCACCUCCGCAACGGUCGCCCCUCCGUCGACGUCGCAACCCACGCAGCUCUCCACGACGCCAACCUCCAGCACCACGUCCACAGGCACCACCACGACCAACGCCAGCAUCAUGGACAAUACCCAGCAGGCCCAGACCCAGACGCAAAGUCAGGAGCUUCUGGAGGCUCGGAAAAAACGGCAGGAAGAGGUGGAGAAGAUACGACUGGAAGAACAACAACGAAAGCAACAGGAACGCGAGCUGAAGCGGCAGCAGGCAGUUAUGCUGAAAGAACAGAUGUACAUGCAGGAGCUCACCAAGCAGCGCGAGAUGCUCUACACCGUCGAGCUGGAAAGAGAACGAAGGAGGCAGCACAUGGCAUUGGUUCGAGCGUUAGAAAACCGCCGAAAAAUGGAGGAAAGGGAGAAAAAACGAUUGGAGGCGAGAGCUGAAAGAAUAGCAACGAAAGAAAAACGUGCCGAACAGAGGAAAAUGGAGAUGGAAUUGAUCGAACAGAUCAGAAAACCUGUUGAAGAUAUGGAACUAACUGAUCAUAGAUCACUGCCAGAAUUAAAACGAAUACCUGGUCUGAAAUUAUCCGGCCAAGCGUUUGCAGACAUCGUAAUGGUGUUUGAAUUUUUGCAUAAUUUCGGCGAGACUUUAGGCUUUGAUAUGGAAUCGCUCCCAAGUCUAAAAAGCCUUCAAUUGGCGUUGCUCAAUGAUGAGGAAGCGGAGGAAGAGCUUUUAUCCGUGAUGACACAUCUGUUAGUAUGUGCGAUCGAGGAUCCAGGUAUCCCUCAACCAGCGAGACACACGACAGGCCUUGGUCAAAGCCUCCGACAAGCUGAUAUAACGCAUGCCAACAUCAGUGAGGUGUUACGAAUCUACUUAUACGCGAACGCGACAGGAGAAGUGAAGGCUCUGACAGGAGUAUGUCUAGAACGGGAACGCGAUAAGAAAUUUGCCGAUCAUCAUCAGAAUGGUGGUGAUUAUGCUUCGACCUGUUCGGGAAAAAAUGCUCAAUUUUACGAGCAUUUACAUAACAACGAAACAUGGAGGAUGUCCGAAAGGCUGAGAGACAAACCAUUCCUAGCUUUGAAUCCGACGCACAAGGCACAAAUGCUCGCGUUUCUCUGUAACGAGCUAUUGCAGAACAAGGCUGUGAUCAGACAGAUCGAAGGAAGCUUGGAAACAGUAGCUCAAUUAAGAAAAGAAAGAUUCGUAUUGGACACAAAGAUAAGAAAGUUGAGACAAUUACAUAGUCGAAAAGUACGAAUGGAAGCAGUGGGUGUGAUAAUUAAUAAAACUGGAGACACUAUUACGAUUGAGAAGAAAGAGGGCGAUGAGGAGGGUAACACGUCGUCAACGGCAGUAGGUACGACACCCACUCCUGAUGAGAUUCAUCAUGAAGAUGAAGUUGAAGACAUGUCCGAAAAUGAGAGUGAAGGAACUCAACCUGAGGAGGAAGAAGACAAAAAUCUCUCUGGUGAAGAGCUCGGUAAAAAGUUGGACAAAUUAUUAAAACAAUCAGAAGAACAAUUGCAAAAAUUGAAUAGCUCUUCAAAACAACUACGAGCCCAUAUAUUUGGCCAAGAUAGGUAUUGGAGAAGAUAUUGGGAAUUAGCAUGCGCAGGUGGCAUUUUCGUCGAGGCCAUGGAAAGCGCAGAACCUGAAAUUCUUGAGUUGCAAGCUGAAUUAGACGAAAAGUACAAAGAUGUAUCGAUGGAGGAGAAAAGAGAAACAAAACAAGAAGACACCAAAGUCGAGAAUCGCGAAAAUGAAGCUCCUAAUGAUGUAAAGAAGGAAAAGAAGUUCAAUUCAAAUGAUCAAGAAGAUACGAAAUCUUUAAUAGAGAAAACGAAAUCUGAAAUUGAAGAUAUUAAUUGUAAGAAAGAACCUAUGCAAAAUUGUGAAAAUUUAACGAAUGUUAAGGAAGAGAAAAAGAAUGAUUUGGAUAAUUCAAUGACUGAUGCAAAGACGAAUGUUACAUCUGAAGAGAUUAAACAAGAAACAGAAGUAGUUAGUAUGGAUGUAGAUGUCAAAGAAGAAACAAAAAAAGAAAAUGACGAAACGGAUGAAGAUAUGAAACCAGCGGUGAAGAUGAUGGAAGAUAAAAUUGUUGAAACAAUUCCAAAUGGUGAUAAAUUCAAUCAUGUGAAUAACCUUCAUAAUGGGAAAGAAUUGAAUGGCACUUUUAUUUCUAAUAAUAGUAACGAAUCGAAUUGGUUCUCAAUUUUACCUCGGGAAACUUGUGAUACUCCAGGACCAAGUACCAAACAAAUAUUUGGAAUAGCCGAACCAACUGAACUGAGAAUACCAGUAUUUCCUCCACCGGCUAGUCCAAAUUAUGAUAGAUGUGAUAGUCCUGCUCCUUUAAUUUUGACUCAAGACGAAGCAGCGCAACUUGAAUAUUUAAAAGUUCAUGGUUUACCACCUCCUGGAGAAGCUAAACCAGUACCAAAUGACUUAAGAUAUGGCUGGUGGAGAAUAACGGAUGUCGAUACGUUUCAAGAAUUGCUGGAACAUCUUCAUUCUCGCGGUGUUCGCGAAAAAGAACUAAAACGUACAACGUGGGCGACUAUGGAAUCUUUCUUAGCUGUUACAGGCAAGAUCAACGUAGAUCCUGGCAAUCUUACUGCUACAGAACUUCAAGCGACACCUGAUGAACCUGAUACGCCAAUUCCAAAACCAGACAAUCCGGCAGUCUGGAGCGAACAAGUUGCGCUACGCGUGGAUGCGCAAUUAUUGGAACAAGUUGAGGCCCUAGAAGAUAAAGUCGCAAAUGCCAGCAUGCAGGUCAAAGGCUGGAAACUGCCUCCACGGGCAGGAACCGAGGAGGCUGAAGAAAUUGAAAAACUGAACGAAAUGGAAAAGAUCAGUGCAGUUGAACAAGCACGGCAAAGGUUAUUGUCUCUAGAGGCCGCUAUAGAAAGGAGAUAUUUGAAACCACCGUUAGGUGUUUGCACGGGAGAUCCAAACUUAGCGGCUUUGAAGGCAGAACAAGCAGCUGCUGCAAAUGCGAAUUCGAAUAAUUCGGAUCAGAGCAAUCAGACCCCAGUACCUCAAGAAGAAACAACUCCAAGAGGGCUAAACAACUGGCGAGAGGCAACAGCUCGAGCACAUACAUCCGCUCAGCUGGCCAUGGCACUUUAUAUGUUGGAGGCUAGCAUCGCUUGGGACAAGAGCAUCAUGAAGGCUGUGAGUCUAACACCAGCUAGAAACUCGGUCUGCGUCAAGCUACGAAACCGCUGCGUCUCACUCAAAGCUACCACUCAAUACAAUCAGCUAUUGACUACUUCUCAGGCCUCUAAUUGUCAAUUUUGUCAUAGCGGAGAUAACGAAGACAAAUUAUUACUGUGUGAUGGUUGUGACCGCGGCUAUCAUACUUAUUGUUUCCGUCCAAAAAUGGAAAACAUUCCUGAUGGUGACUGGUAUUGUCACGAAUGCAUGAAUAAAGCAACAGGGGAGCGAAACUGUUUGGUAUGUGGAAAGAGAGUUGGUAAAAACUUAGUAUUAUGUGAACUCUGUCCAAGGGCUUAUCACACUGACUGCCACAAUCCUGUUAUGCCAAAAAUGCCAAGGGGAAAAUGGUAUUGUUCUAAUUGCCACAGUAAACAACCAAAGAAGAGAAAUAGUAGUCGAAGGAGUCAUACCAAAGGGGGAGGCACCAGAGAAAGUGAAAGUUCUGAUCAUCCACCAGCUAGUCCAACGCCGUCAACGGCAUCGAACACACACGUAGAGGACGUCAGUUCAUCGGAACCAGCAACCCCAACUGCCUCACCACGGAAGGAGGGAAACAAUAGGACGCUCACGAAGAAACAACAACGAGAGUUGGCUCCUUGUAAGGUGCUACUCGAACAGUUGGAGCAACAGGACGAGGCCUGGCCGUUCCUCUUGCCGGUGAACACCAAACAGUUUCCUACCUACAAGAAAAUUAUUAAAACACCCAUGGAUCUCAGUACUAUUAAGAAGAAAUUGCAGGAUUCCGUGUACAAGUCUCGCGAUGAGUUUUGCGCCGAUGUCAGACAGAUGUUCAUCAACUGCGAGGUAUUCAACGAGGACGACAGUCCCGUGGGCAAGGCCGGACAUGGGAUGCGCAGUUUCUUCGAAAUGCGUUGGACCGAGAUUACUGGCGCACCACCUCCACACCCGCAAACGCAUAGCUGAGGCUCGGUUCGCUCUCGCAACACCUGCAACAGUUUUGCCCACUUCUACUACUAGAGGGUAAAACCCUCGAGAGUAUCAUUAGGAAUAUCAUCGAAGAGAUUAAUCGCGAGACCUGUUUUCUCUGUGCUCUGUCGGCCUCGUUCUAGCGGUCGAUUGAACAACUUUAAUUCUAAUAGAGAAAAAAAAAAAAUAAUAAUAAUAAAACUCCAGGAAUGCGGGUACAUCUUCGUGCGCGUCGCGUUACGUGCGUGUUCUAUUCGUCUCUGACCUUUUAUUCGUUAUUCGCCCGUAAUCGACGCUCGCGUGGGCGCUUCUCGCAUUCUAACCAUACAUAUACUUUAAUGCUCGAAAAUAAUCCAAUGGUGGCGAACGUUUUUUAACGGCCCGUACUUCUCUCUGUAGCAUCAACGAUGAACUUAAAAAAACGCGAUGUUACAAGAAUUCUAUAUUCGUCGAGACGCUUCUGCCGAACAAAACUCAAGUUUCGUUUAACAAACCUCAUAAGGAUUGUAAGUAGGAUAAAUAAGAGAAGCUUUAUCGAGGCCAGAAGCUGUAACAGAGAUUUUACGUAUACAAUUACGUUUUGUGAUUUGGAGCUUUUUAAAAUCGACGCGACUAAAAUAUCCAUAUGUGGGAUACUCUAUCGAAGCCUCCAACCUGACCUCCUCCUCGAGUAGAAAUGAAAUGCAAUGCAGAUGGUCACUGUACUUACCAAGUAAAAAACAAGUAAAUUUUGCCUAAGCGAACAAGAUGUAAUUUGCGAUUGUAUUAUACAGGCUUAGUGCCGGCAAAAGAAAUAUUUUGCAAAGUAAUGAAUGUGAAAAGAAGAGGUAUAUAUAAAUAAAUAUAAAUAUAUAUGUAUAAAUAUGAAUAUAGUGUAUAUGUAUACUAUAUAGAUAGUCACAUCACAUGAAACAUGCAAAACACACAUAACACCUCUGCCCACGAAAACAUCAGCACGAUAAGGGUAACAUUUGCUGUAGAGUAAGAUAUGCAACAUGAUGACGAAAUCAAUCUUCCAAUUAAGGACAUAAUUUAUGCCAUUCCACGGAUUUUGUCUCUAAUUUUUAUUGAUUUAUUUUUUAUUUUAAAUAUUUUUCGACUCACAUAUGGGUUAAAUGAUUAAAUGAUUAAAUAUGGUAACUUAAUAAUUCAAUGUGAAUUUUGACAACAGAAAUGUGAAUCUUCCUUAUCCACAUUAUAAAAAACUUUAAAUAAUUUGCAAAGAAGAAAAUUGAACUUUAAAUAAAUAAAAUACGUAUUUGAAAAUGUAUAAAGUUAAAUAUGAACAGUUUUUCUUUUUUAAUAAUUACGUUUUAAAAAACAAUUUAGCAUAUCCUAAAUCAAUGCUGCAAUUAUUUAACUGAUAUCAUUCGAAUUCAAAUAUCAUAUUUAAAAACAAUAUGUAUUAAAGUUCUAUUUAUUUUAAUGAACGAAUAAUUGUAUACGUUGAAUGGCACGUUACUUUUAACAAAGAAAGAAUGAAAUUAUGAAUUUUAAAGCAAGCAAUGAACGAUCGUUUUUCUGGUUUUUUUUUCUUUUUUUUUUUCUUUUUUUUCUUUUUUUUUUAAAUUAAAACAGUUUUAUCCUAUAUGAUGCGUAGCAUUACUAUGAAAUGUAAGCGUCGUUGAAUUUUAUCCGCGUCGAGUUCCAAAUAGGACCUCGUUUAAUUGUUCGUAAUAAUACGUCAGUUUUUUAAGCGAUAUAUUCGAUUUUUCGAGAUAAUAUAAUAUCUCACAUGCAAUGUACCCGGGAUGAUGAACAACAACUCAAACACGUUUCGAAACGAAUAUCGUGCAUCAGGGCGUUGUAAGAACCUACUACGUAUGAAUGAUGGUGUCGGUAGUAAGUUUUGGAUUAAUUAAUAAACCGCGGUACCUUCGCAAAUGUGACCAUCGCGUGACGUUGAGACGAUUAACACAAUGAUAUCUUGUUUUUUAUGUAAUUGAUGUACAUUAUUGCUCGUAAUAGCGGAUAGUUAUGUAAUAACGAAGGUUAAAGAAAAGAGAGAGAGAAAGAGAGAUUGAGAGAGAGAGAAAGCGUACGUAAGAGAGAGAGAGAGAGAGAGUUGGUUCGGCCGUAGUGAUAUGUGCUAAACAUUCGUAGUAUGUAAAAGUAUUAGCUAGAUUAUAAAAUGCCGUGUGAAAACGAUUACAAUGUGAAAGAUGAUUAAAAAAAAAAAAAAUAUGCGAGAUGCAAUUGGAUACGCAAAAUGGAUGUAUUAACAUCCUAUAAUCUAAGAACGAUUGAUAGCGGUAAGAUCGUAACGAGUAAAUCGCGCGUUUCUUUAUUAUGACUUCUUCAUUUGCAAAUACCACGAAUAUAUGUAAAAAUUGAUAGUUUUUUUUGUUAAUUUUAUAUUUCUAUAAAUCAUCAACAUACGCUUUUUAUUUUUUAAAACUAUCGUUAUUUCUCAUGAUGAUAAAUGAUAUAAAAAGAUACGAUAUAUUAUGUAAUUUGAUACGUGAGCGCAAUGUCGGGGCAUUUCGCGAUCUUACCGAAGUUCUUAGAAUAUAAAUCGACAUAAAUGUAUGCAUAAAUACAUGUGUCACUUUAUGCACGCCUUGCAUCCUCGUAUUAUACUCGAUGCAUUAAACAUCUCAUACAUUCAAACACACUACCACCAACAACAAGAACAAAUAAUUUUUUAAGAUUCAAUUAUUAUUUAAAUAGUACAGUUACAUUGUUAGUAUGAAUAACGACGCUUUUUAUACGAAUUUUAGUUUUUAACGUCGAUCUUAUGAUAUAUUAUAUGGUAUAAUGAUAAUGACAAUGGUAAUAACAAUAACGAUAAAUGAUAUCGAUAAUGGAACAGAUUAAAGAGAAAUGAGAAACAGCGCAAAUGAGAAAGAGAAUACGAAGAAAGAACGGAAGAGCGAGAGAAUGAGAGUGUACGAAAGAUUAUCGAAAGACAAAAAGAGUGUGUGUUUAAGUUAGAUGAUUGUCUAUAGUAUAAACGAAGGCAUACGUUAGGUAGCCUUGAUGCUAUUUAAACAGACUUAAUUAAUGUAUUGCAAAUGAAUUAAUAAAGUUCGCCAUACUGGUUUUACAUUCGAGAUUUAUAUCUAUAGUCAUAGAGUGAACGCAAACAUUGCACUUGAUUAUAUAGUAUCUACUGUUCGUACCGGUAGAGAGGUUAGGAACAUUUUAAUGUUCUUAACAUACCACUUUUUGUAAUAUUAUUUGCACGAAUUUGACAUAUACAUUUUUUUAAGCAUGCGAUGACGACUCUCAAUCAUUUUCGAAGAUCUGUCAAUUAUCCUUGCGAAAUGAAUCGAGUUUUGUGCCAAAACGAAUACUUAUUGUAGUAAAGUUAUCGCGAUAUUAUUUUGAAAAAAUACGAGAACCAAAAUUGAACGAAGAACAAUUCAAACAGAAAUUAAAAGAAAGAGGUUCUGAUUAUGAUUCUAUGAUGAUUAGUCAUAUAGCAACCGAAAAUGUAAAAAAACAAGUAACUGAAAUUUUAAAAAAAUUGAAUAUAGAAUACAAAUUAAUAAAUAGG